AUAUAUAUAUAUAUAUAUUUCACGUUUAUCACGUAUAUUUCCAAGCAUAAUCGGAUUUAAUCAAUUUAUCGUCCCAUUAUUUUCAACGAACUUUGUUAUUCAUCUUUCGAGUAGAAAGGAAAAGAGAUCAUCAAUAAAAAAUGUCUCUAUGGAGAUGCACUUGUAACAAAAACUAACAUAAGCGUUAACAAGAUUUCAAAGUGUGAUAAUCCUAGGAGAAUGGAAUCAUAAAUUUAAACGCGAAAUGGCCAUUUUCACAUAAAAAAAGAAAAAGAAAAAAGAAAGAAAGAAAAGAAAAGAGAAAGAAAAACUAAAACAUUGUUCGACGUACAUGUACGCAUGGUCAAUACAUUAGUUUAUCUUUAUAAGUUUUUAUGAUACAAUCGAUACAUGUCUAUAUAUAAACUUUUACAUUACUUUUAUAUUAUAUAAAUAUCGAAAUAUUUCCUUGUAUUUAUAUAAUCAUUUAUGCAGAAAAUUGAAUUAUUGCGAAUUGAAUUAUCAUAAAUAUUUUACUUUUCCAAUUAUAAAUAUCAACGCUCAACUCAAAGUCUUCGAGUUUUUUUUUGAAUUCCAAGAACAUCAAUCAUUUCUUUGGAAUGCAAGAGAUUUAAAAGAGAAAAAAAAAUUCGCAACGUAAUGUAAAAUAAAUACAUUUUGUUAGUAACUCUUUGUCCAAUUAUCAUUGACUCAUACAUGUACAAUAGAAGGUUACAUAUAGAUAACAAUAUUUUUAUAGAAUAAAAAUUAUAAUUUAAAAUUAUCAUAAUUAGUUCCCAUUGAAGAUGAUCUAUUAUUUAUAAAUUAUAUGAAAAAAAUAAAAAAAAUAAAAAUAAUAAAAAUAAUAAAAAUAAUAAAAAUAAAAAUAAAAAGUGAAAUAUAAUAUGUAUAAUAUUUAUGAUUCGUAAUGUAAAUUAUUAAAUUACCAUCGCAUUUUAAAUUAUUAAAAUCUUCUUAAUAAAAACUUCGUUACAUUCAUGCACAAUAAAGAUUUCCAUCAACGGACGGCUGAAAGAGUAAUUAUUUCUGAUUGUGAAUGUGUUGAGAACAAAGUCCAUUCUGGUUAUCUUUAGGAAAUAGAGCUCGCAGACGACUUUGCUACGUGGAUGUCGAUGUUAUAACAUAAAAAAGAGGAACCGAAAGAAGUUCAAGAAAGGAGUCUUUAAGUAGGGAAAUUAGAAGAUUUUUUUUAGAAGGAAAUUUAUACUUCUGGCAUCGUUCGUAUUCAAUCGAACAUUCAUAUCGAACAAAAGUUUUAAAUACCGCAAAUAAUUGUAAGUGAAUCUCAAUUUUCUAUCUUAUUUUUUUUUUUUCGUUUUUUUAUAAUUAUCGUCGUCAUUCAUCAAUAAAUUAUUUUGAUUUUUAAUUCUUAUUAUUAACUCAUCGUGUAAUUUUUGAUUAUUUUACCUAUUAUAUUUUAUCAAAAACAAAUUCAUAUCAAAUACAUUGAUAUCAAAAUUAGAAAAAUCUCUUCAUUACGUAUGCAAUUAAACAUAUAAGAUGUGAUAAGAUAUUCCGUUUUAAGAAUUUAGUUGUUGCAUCUGCAUAUGUACAUAUUUACAUGCAGAUAAGAAAGUACAUAUUACGAUAUCUCUGUAGAUAAUUAUUUUCUUAAUUAGUAAUUAUACUUUCGUAUGAAUAAGAUCAUAAUAUAAAAGUGUAACAUAGAAAAGAAGAAUCAUAUAUAUUUUUUUUACAGUCAUUUAUAUAUUAAGUUUUUACAGUUUAUCUCAUCGACAAUAUGCUACGCCAAUGUACUGUACUUCGAAUUGUCAAGGUCACAUAAAAUUGCAGCUUCCAGGGUUAUCUAAGAAUAACACUUAGACUAUUAAAGUUAUUCUAUAAUUAGAUCAAAUAUUUUGCUAACUAGUAAAAGAAAUAUCCAGCUGUAUUCUCAGGUCAAAACACAGAUUACGCAUGCACCCGUAGUCAGUGAUGUAUUCAUGUAUAAGCCGUGGAAAAGAUCGUCUUCAUGCGAUAAUAUUAAUUUAUAUUACAUAAUAAAUUUAAUGUAAUAUCUGAUGGUUAAUAUACAAUUAUUAUUUCUAUAUCCAUGACUAUAAUUUAAUCUGAGCAAUGUAUUUCUUACUUUAUCAUUUGUAUUAACAAUUAAAACGAAAAAAUACAUAUUAUGCAUAAUCGAUGUAUUUUAAUGACCCUUAAAAAUUUAUAAUGACUCAGGCUCCUCGAAAGCUAAAUCCUUCACUGUUUGUAAUGGCGCCAAUGAAACACACAUAUAAAACUUUUUAUGUUUAAAGGCAAUAUUGUAGGUAGCGAAUUGUAUCUUACAUACUUUUGAUUGGUUAGAAAUAUUGAUGUUAAACAUUUGAAAUGUUAAAUUUUUUUUUGUUUAAUAAAUGUUAUUUAGCCCGUGUGGGAAAAUAUUUGAAAAGUCAUAUUUACUUAAAUAAAAUAUAAUCUAUUAUAUUUGUUACAAAAUUCUAUGAAAAAAUUAAUAAAAUAAAAUUAAUAUGAAUAACAUAAACAUACAUGAUGCUAUUGUAAAGGUUACUCAAAUACCAAGAACAGACGAAGAUGUAUAUUUUGUUCGACUUGACAAACCGGACCAAUCUUGGCUUGAUCGUAACAUAAAUUUAAAGAAUGUUAAGAUACCAAGAAAUAUACAGUUAGUAGAAGCAGAUAUUUCAGAUAUAUCAAAUGAUAUGGGUUCAAAAUAUUAUUUAAAUGAAAAUGAAAUAUUGUCUUCUAUAAAAGCUGUAAAUGGUGGAAUAAAUUAUUCUAAUAAAUUUCUAGAAUAUCAAUGGGAAUUAAAACAAAUGAAAAACAAUUUAAAUACAGAGAACAAUAACGCUAAUAUAUCAAGCAGUAAAACUAGUUCUGAUUAUAACAGUGAUGUUAAAUCAUCAAAUGUACAGAAUACCGAGUCAUCAAAUGUACAAAAUACCAAGUCAUCAAAUGUACAGAAUACCGAGUCAUCAAAUGUACAGAAUACCGAGUCAUCAAAUGUACAGAACACCGAGUCAUCAAAUGUACAGAACACCAAGUCAUCAAAUGUACAGAAUAUUAAUACAGAUAAAUCGAGAAAAAAUAUUGAAAAUAAUGGAGAUUCCCAUUCUAUUCAAGAAAUUUUAAAACAGUGUAAGCUUUCAAGGAAUGCUUUAAUCUUAGGACUUUUAAACAGUAAGCAAAUUACUACAAAAGAUUUGCACAUACCAAGUUUAAAACAUGAAACAUUCCAUAAUCAGUCUGAUCUUCAAACUGAAGAUAUUGCAGUUGGAAAUCAUUUAAUACAGCAUCCAGAAGAUCCAGAUAUAUAUAUUCAUCCAUUACAACUAAUAAAAAAGUCAAAAGAUCAUGCUAAUUUAAUGAUAGAUUAUAUCGGAAUAAAGGAAGUAGUUACUCCAAAACAAUAUUAUAUUAAUGAGACUGAUAAUAUGUCAUUUAAUUUUAUAAAAAGAAAUGUAGAAAACAAAUAAUUGUAUUUAUAAAUUUAGUAUUAAAUAUGAUUUUUUAUAUAGUUUAGAAGGUUCAGUAUAAUUUAAAAAGUAUGCAUAAAAUGUGAUAUUGAAAGAUAUUAGAGCUUGAAAUAUGAGCUGUUAUAUUACUGAAAAAGUAAUAUAAAUAAGGCUAAAGAACACCAAAAAAGUUAUUUUUUAAAAAAGUAUUUGUAAGCUAAAUAUUUUAUCAAAUUAUAUAAGAUUUCAUGAUCGUGA